CUCCUUAAUUCAACGCAUAAAAUUGAACCCAUAAAAAAUGAAGUGUACGGCAAAAGGAGCACACCACACGUAAUAUCUCAAAUUCCUACUAUGGUGGGAGAGUUUCAUCACAAAAUUAUAGAAAUGGAAGCACGCAAGCUUGGAAACAGGUCUAUUCCAGAUGCAAGAAUGCAGUUCGUUUCACUUGCUGUUGAGGUUUAUCUCAUCAGCGAUUACAGCCAUACACGGAGGCUUCGGAAGCUGGAUAUAAAAGCUUUAGAGUAUAUGAUGACGUACAUGUACAAGGUGAGCCUGUUGCUGCGGCAGUUGAAACCGCCUAUACGAGUAGUUCUAGUAGCAUACCAGGAAACAAACAAGAAAAAGGCUGACUAUAUAGGCUUCACAUCAUCUGGAGAUCUUGAUGCGGAUAAAACAGUCGCAAAGCUGAGGCAGUACGCGGGCGAAACCCCAUCUGUUCAGAAAUGUGACUUGGUUGUUUUAAUCACUACAUCUCGCUUGAUUGACGUCUCAGCGUACGUAGGUGCUCCUGAAAUGCUUGGGAUUGCUCCAUUGGAAGGCAUUUGCAGUCAAUACAGUGUAGCUGUUGUGAAAGACUUGGCUGGAAGGUACACUGGAAUACAUUCAACCGCCCAUGAAAUGGGGCAUUCGUUCGGCUCCUAUCACGACGGCGAAGGCACCUCAACAAAGUGUCCAGCUGCAGAUGGCUAUCUGAUGAGUCCAAGAUCUAACGGAAGGCACAUUGAGGAGUUUUCCAGCUGUAGUCUUGCUGUCAUCUCCAAAUAUAUAAGCUCAGAGGGUGGAACAUGCUUGAAGUACGCUGCGUCGGAGAAUGUUCUUGGUGUCUACCCUCGUUCUUUUCAACCUUCAUUACAUGGGAAUCUAUGAAUUACCAAAAUUGAGGAAUCAUUCUAGAAAAUUAUGGGUAGAACAAAGUGUAACGAAUGCAACGAAAUCGAUAUUGCUACUAUCAACAGGCUCGUCGGCCACUGCGUUCUGGAUAGUUCGCUCUUAAGGGUC